ACAUGAUGAAAUUAUCAAAAUCGGAGAGAAAGUUGCGGAAAAAGCAAGCUAAGUCUCAGCACACGUUGUUGAAGCAUGAUGGAAUAAAAGCUUCCGACAUUCCUACGAAAAUUCUUUGUGUCAACAAUGCAGGGCUUGAUAGUGGUGUUUCUAGGGAUGAAGUUCAAGAGUUAUUUGAAGUAUAUGGCGGAGUUGAGGAUGUGAUAAUGAUGCCUCAGAAACCUUAUGCUUUUGUGUGUUAUCAGACUGAGGAAGAAGCAGAGAAAGCAUAUGAAAACUUAAAUGGAAAAACAUUGGUAGAAAAUGAUGAUAGAAAGUGGCCUGUGAAGUUAUACAUCUCUUAUGUCAGUCAAGUUCCCUCGAGUCUGUCGCCAUCAGAUGAUCUCCCUCCUGGCCUCAUCCUUUUAGAGAACUUCAUCACACAGGAAUAUGCGGAGAAAAUGUUGGAAUCUAUUGAUUGGCAUGAAGAGGCAUCACAUGGUAUGCAAAGAGAACUCAAACACAGGGAAGUCAAACAUUAUGGCUAUGAAUUCAAAUAUGGAAUCAAUGAUGUAGAUGUUGAUGAUCCUCUGCCACAGGGAGUUCCAGCCAUGUGUCGGGAGCUUUUGGAUACAGCCUUAAAAACAGGCCAUAUAAAAUAUCUGCCUGACCAAGUCACAGUGAAUAAGUAUUUGCCAGGACAAGGUAUACCUCCUCAUGUAGAUACUCCUGCUGCUUUUGAGGAUGGAAUUAUGUCUCUCAGUCUUGGUUCACAGGUGUUAAUGGAUUUCCGUCAUCCUAAUGGUAAGCACCUGUCAGUAUUGUUGCCACCUUGUAGCCUGCUGAUAAUGACAGGGGAAUCACGUUACCUUUGGUCGCAUGGAAUCACGCCACGCAAAUCAGAUAUUAUUCCAACACCUGAUGGCAGACUAACCAUUGUACAUAGGGGUACCCGUACCUCAUACACUUUCAGGAAAAUCAUCCCACCAAAAGACAGAAUAAAUCGUCACAUACCAUUCGUUACAGAGAGCAGACAACACAACCCGACGAUACUCCCACAGUCAGCUUCAGAUGCUGCAUCCCUUGAGGAGACACAUGUUCAUAAGGUUUAUGAAGAAAUAGCUGACCACUUCAGUGGCACUCGCCAUAGUCCCUGGCCUCGGAUUGCAGAUUUUAUCCGGACACAACCAGUUGGGUCCAUUCUGGUAGAUAUUGGCUGUGGCAAUGGCAAAUACCUUGGUAUCAACAAGGAUAUAUAUGAGGUUGGGUCUGAUAGGAGUUUUAAUCUAGCCAAGAUCUGCAGAAGUCGAGACUUCCCGGUGUUCGUCAGCGAUGUCAUGUCUAUACCUAUCAGAUCUGGAGUCUGUGAUGUUUGUAUCUGUAUUGCUGUGCUACAUCAUCUCUCUACAGAGGAGAGAAGACUGCAUGGAAUAUCAGAACUGCUGCGUAUCCUACGUCCUGGAGGUAAAGCUCUCAUAUAUGUAUGGGCGAUGGAGCAAGAACUACAUAAAGUAAAAUCGAAAUAUUUAAAAGAGGUGAAGGUCACAGGAUCUCUGAAUGGUAAUGUCAAGGACACUGAUACAGAAACUGAGAAAGUCAAGGUGACAGAUUCAACUGCAGACCUGUUAGAAAAAGAUACAGUGAAACAAAUUGAUAAUAAAUCCUUGCCAAAAGGAGAUGCAGAAAAGGAGAACAUAAUUUCUGUUAAAAAGAGUAGUGAGACAGAGUGUGAUGAUAGACAAGAGGUUCAACUUUCAUCGCCUUCUUUUGAUAGACAUGAAACACCAGAAUAUGAAGUGACUAAAAAACGUGGGGUUUGUGGACAAGCUUCAGACAAGGCACAAAAUCAAUGUAGUUCUAGCAUGAUACAGAGCAGUAGUAACAUGUUAGAAAUACACAAAAAUCGGACCAAUUUUAAACAGCAGGACAUGCUAGUGCCCUGGCAGUUAAAGAACAAGGCAGAGGCCAGUGUAAAGGACAGAGGUGACUCUGUGUUCCAUCGAUACUACCACGUGUUCCGACAGGGAGAACUCGAGGCUCUGUGUCAGAGACUAGAAAAUUGUCAGGUGCGGGAGAGUUACUAUGACCAGGGAAAUUGGGCCGUUAUACUACAAAAGUUAUAGCAUAAAUAUCAACUGUUAGGUGAAGGAGAAUCCUGUCAUAAAUUAAUGUUGUUGAAGGAAAUAAGAGGCAACAAAAUGACUGAAGAAAUAUUUACAUCACUUAAACUUCAAUAGAAAUCAAUUAUAUUGUGCAAAAACCUGCACAACAUUGUUAUAGUUUUAUCUUGGCUUUUAAAACUAUCUGUAUGUCUUUUGUAAGCUGAAAGAAAUCUCCACCACAAUGGAAAACAUGCUGGCAGCUGAGUCCAUAAACAUAAUGUACACUG